CAAUCAACGCCCCCGACUACCUGGAUGCCUAUACCAGCCUUCUUCUCUUCUUUCUUUGCACAUACCUAUGUCAAUACCUCGCUGGCUGUCGAAGUACAUACCUCGUAGUAACAGCUUCAACUUCGAUUCUCUCUCAUCAAAGACGCCAGAUGUUCACCAACGGCCUGCUCAUCUAAAAAAACGAUCCAUCUCACAAUCCCGUCCUUUCUCAGAAGCAUCAGAGAAUAUGGCUACCCUACUCUGGGGCUAUCUCCGCAUACCCUUCAUCUUUGCUUCAGGUCUAUCCUUGGCCAUCAGUAGCGGGCUUUUCUACUAUCAGAAUGAACUCAUCUAUCCUCGAAACAUCCCUCCAAAUGCUCGAACCGAUGUUCCCAGACCUUCUCAACUCGGCUUAGACGCCGAGGAACUAACUUUGACCACACCAGACGGCGAGAAACUGAGCGCAUUUCUUAUCAAACCAGGAAACGCUAGCAAGGCAAAGAACGUGACUCUUCUUAUGUUUCAUGGAAACGCUGGCAAUAUUGGCCAUCGACUUCCCAUUGCUGAAAUUCUGGCCAACGAUUUGUAUUGCAAUGUUCUCAUGCUUCAAUAUCGAGGCUAUGGGCUCUCAACGGGCAACCCGGAUGAAAAGGGUAUUGCAAAGGACUCUCAGACCGGACUUGACUAUAUUCGCAGUCGAGAUGAUCUUAAGAAGACCAAGAUUGUGAUCUAUGGCCAAAGUCUGGGGGGUGCCGUAGGUAUUGAUCUGGCUGUCAAGAACAAGGACAAGCGUGAUAUCGCGGGGAUUAUACUCGAAAACACUUUCCUCAGCAUCAAAAAGAUGAUACCAAGCGUGAUUCCUGCGGCCAAAUAUCUGACACCAUUAUGUCACCAGAAUUGGCCAAGUGAAGAAAUGAUCCCACAAAUCACCGAGACUCCCAUCUUAUUCUUGAGCGGGCUCCAGGAUGAGAUUGUGCCGCCGUCUCAUAUGAAGCGACUCUUCUACAUUUGUCGCUCCGAACCCAAAAUCUGGAAGGAGUUCCCAUAUGGCGAUCACAACAACACAGUUGCCGAGGCCGGAUACUUCCAACAUAUCCAAGACUUCCUCAACAGCUAUGUUGUCUCUUGAUUAGAUCCUCCAUAUUCUCAUCCUACUGCUUCGCAUGGAACAGUCAUGUUUCAAGCUUCGGCCUUCAACUCUAGAUCCUUCAUACACAUCCC